CAAUAGCGGAAUGGAGGCGGACGAACCCUAGGAGCGUGGUGAUCUAGAAGAGUGCGGCAAUCAAGCUGCUCUUCUUCUUCUUCUUCUUUCGACUCAACAAAGAUGAAGUGGAUGAGAUUUGGGGUGCGUGCGGUUGACUUGUGACUUGUGGGCUUCCUCUGCACUGUCUCGAUGCAAAACUCAGGUUUUCUUUUUCGUGUUGUUUUGUCCGGCUAAGUUCUGCUUUGGCUGAGGGUUAUUUGUCCGACUGAGUUUUCUCUAGCCGAGAAUUUUGUCCAUUCCAAUUGUGAAUGUGUUUGAGCGUUUGAUCGUGAGUCUCGCUGUAUCUUUUCUCUGUCUCGGACUCGACAAUCAUUUUGUUGGCCAUUAAUGAAGUGCAUAAAUCAGGCUUAAGGAAGGAGGUCAUUCUAGGAGGUUGAUGGCGAGGGAACAAAAAACGAUAAGGUGGUGGCGCUCCCGGAACAGCAUCGCCUAAAAUACUGAAAGGUCCCACACACGAGAUGUUUCUUUUGGAGGUGGCUAGUCAAAUCUCUUCUCCCUUUAUGAUGGCUGGUAAAAUCGGGAUGAUUCCUUUGGAGGUGGAUGGACAAAACUCUUCUCCCUUCCUGGUGGCUGGUGAAACCGGGAUGCUUGAAUUAUGUUGUUGCUUUUAUUUUAAUUUUCAUUCUAGUAGCAGGUGCAGCAUUGCUGUUAGUGGAGUCUACCACAUUGCGAGAUUAGCGAGUUGGGCCGCUCUUAUGCGUGACUACAACUUUGAAUCUCAUUCCAGUGUAGCCUAUGAUAUGCCAAUUUGUAUCUGGUUCUUUUCGAUUGAUUAUGGUGUUUUGUUAAUGUCCUUGUUCCAUCUUGUUAACUAGUAUAAUUUCAUAUGAUUAGUCAGUAUUUGAAU